AUGACGUUCAUCCAAUCAGCAUCCGUCUCUGUCUUUGCUGCGUCACAAUCCUCCCCACCACUGUGAGCUGCUCUUAUUUUGGCGGCUGUGCGGGCAACAUGGCGGAAAAUUUGAAAGUUUGCAGUGUGCCCUGUAAGCUGUCCUGGGCAGAGCUGGAAGCCCUCUGUCGUGCUGAAGGGCUCUACUGCAAAGAGCUGGGGGUGAACAAAGCCAACUUCAAAGACUACGAGGUGGAGUUCUUGUGCGACUACAAGAAGAAUAAGGAGGAGGAGGAGUUCUACCUGGUGAAGUGGAGGGGCUUCCCUGAGUCGGAUAACACAUGGGAACCCAAGAGGAACCUGAAAUGCCCCAAACUGAUGAAGCAGUUCCACCUGGAUCUGGAAAAAGAGCUGAGGCGCCACAAGAGACGCUGCAUCCCUAAGAAGCUGGAUAAGGAAGUCUCCUCAUUCCUGGUGCAGAAAGCCAAAGUGCGUCAGAGUCUGCAGCGCUGGGAGGCCCACUUGAACCACAUCCAAAACAGCCCAGGUCGAAUUUACGUCAUCAACGAUGUAGACUUUGAGGGCCCACCAAAAAACUUCACCUACAUCAACACCUACAAAGUAGGGCAGGGCAUCGUGCUGGACGAGAUGGCGGUGGGUUGUGAUUGUAAGAACUGCCUAGAGGAUUCGGUGAACGGCUGCUGCCCGGGCGCCUCGCUGCAGCGUGUAGCCUACAACGAGAAGGGGCAGCUCCGUAUCCGCGCAGGGAAGCCCAUAUACGAGUGUAACUCUCGGUGCAGCUGUGGCUCCGACUGUCCGAACAGAGUGGUGCAGAAGGGCAUCCAGUUUGACAUGUGCAUCUUUAGGACAGAAAACGGGCGGGGGUGGGGCGUCCGCGCGCUGCAGCGCAUCAGGAAGAACACAUUCGUCAUGGAGUACGUGGGAGAGAUCAUCACGACAGACGAAGCAGAGAGGAGAGGUCACGUGUACGACCGUCAAGGCUCUACGUAUCUGUUUGACCUGGACUACGUGGAAGACGUCUACACAGUGGAUGCUGCGCACCAAGGCAACAUCUCUCACUUUGUCAACCACAGCUGUAACCCCAACCUGCAGGUAUUUAACGUGUUCAUCGACAACAUCGAUGAGAGGCUCCCGAGAAUCGCUUUAUUUUCAACACGGUCCAUCCGGGCAGGAGAGGAGCUCACCUUCGACUACAAAAUGCAAAUCGAUCCUGUGGACACAGAAAGCACCAAAAUGGACUCCAGUUUCAGUCUUGCCGGUCUCCCGAGCUCUCCGAAGAAGAGGAUCCGAGUGGAGUGUCGGUGUGGAUCGGACUCGUGUCGAAAAUACCUGUUCUGACAAGAGACUGCUCUUAACAUAACACGCGUUAUGUGUGAAGAUGUGGACAUUUGUACAGAUUUGUAUAUACUUUCUUUUGUUGCUUUGAGGCUGAUAUUCUCCGUCACUGUGUUUCUGUAUACAUCAUGAACUCUUCUGAGAUGAAAACACUGAUCAAAAGUGGCAAAUGUGUCAGAAUUGAAGACUCAAUCGGUGGAUUGUUUUAUCGCUUUAGGCCAAUGUUAGAUACGUUUCUCUGUCCCCUUUUUAAUAGCUGUAAAUAGAGAAGUGAGCAUGUUUAUACAUAAGGUGAAGCAAACAGUCAACAUUUUCCAAUGAAAUGCAAUAAUGAAAUAAUAAUGCCAGUUCUUGAUUUUGCACACACAAAACGAAAAGCAGGGAUGUGAUUUGUGCAGGUAAAUCCAUAAUCCUGGAUUUCCUGACGUGAAGAAUUGACCUACACAGCACUGAAAUACGUGAUGGCACUUUUCUUUCCAGGUACCCGUACUAAUCUUUGUGUAGAGCAUGAACUCAUCCUUGCUUUUCUCUGAUGCCAAUCGCGUGUUGUCCAGCAGUUGGAUUUUCUGCCGUCACUGAUCCUUUGUUCCUUCAGCAGAAAUCCUCUCACGCAUUCUGGAGUUUACGUUUGGAGAUCAAAUGUGAAUCUAUUUUCUCUACAUUGAAUUUUUGUAAUGAAGUGUCACCUUUUCUUUGUGCUUCGCAUCAAGGUUUCAUUUUUUUCAUCCCACUGCUCAUGCUCAGCUGAUUUAAGAGUCGAUUUAAAAUCUCACUUCGCUGAAAGAGUUGGUUCUGUGGGAUUGUUUUUGUCUCUCUUCUGGAUGUCAACACUAGAAGUUAAAAGUGCUCUCUGCUGCAGAACACUGCCUUUUCCGCAUGAACUUAAAGUCUUCUUUAGAAACGCCUAUCUGUGCAACUCAUCUCAAGACUCCUUACUAUACCUUUAACACAUUUUGAAGUGGGUGUCAGUUUGUCAGAAAUAUUACCCAUCUUCACUCGUCUACCGUUAAAAAAAUGUAGGUUUGUAGGUGAUUGUUUUAAAGCUCCUGUGAGGAGUUUUUUUAAAGUAAUAAAUCUGAUGCAUUUGUGUAACUUGCGGAAAACAAACAAACCUGUCACGAAGAACCUGUUAUUUUGAUCAAUUUACAUUUAAGGCCUGGAUUGACAAAAUUAACAAAACCCUAAAGUUCUCACAGGAGCUUUAAGUAUGGGACCAUUUGUAACAGUUUUACCUACAAACCAACACUUGAUACACUUCACGGGUCUCUUCAAUAUAUCAGUCACUAUGCAAUAAACCUUUAUCAACCUCUACACCAAACUCUGCUGACACUGCUGCUCAGUUUGUCUCACUGUUCAGCAUCAUCGUCGUACAGUUUCACACAGGUUAGAAGCUCUGUUCAGCAUUUCUAACCUACCAAAGAUAAGAAUCGCACAUUAAGAAGAAACUCGGUGACAGAACUUCGUACAAACAUCAUUAACCUGUUCGUGUUUAAAAAGUAGGAUUGUGAUUUCAUUGAACUUCCUGUCACUUGUGACUGUACAGUAUCAAGAUGUGCUCAAAUAGAUGAUUUUGUACAUAAACAUUUUAGUUUUUUAGAACACCAGAGUGUGAAUUUAUUUUAGGGUGAGGACAAAACAAUGGAAAUAAAUUCUUAAAAAGUUA